AUGAACCCCUUCGACGAGCUCUCGAUGGAAGAAGCCUCCCGCCUGCGAAAAGACAGCAAGUCGCCCAUGAAGGUCUCCGAGGUACUGGCCGUCUCCGCCGGCGGGCCCAAGACCGUCGACGUCCUUCGAACCGCGCUGGCCCUGGGCGCCGACCGAGCAAUGCACGUCGAGGUACCCGAGGCCAAGGAGGGAUUCUACUCUGGCCUGGAGCCGCUGACAGUCGCCAAGAUGCUGAAGGGGGUCGUGGAAAAGGAGAAGAUCAACCUAGUCUUCUUGGGCAAGCAGGCUAUUGACGGCGACCAUGGCCAGACGGGCCAGAUGCUGGCUGGGCUGCUGGGCUGGUCGCAGGCUACGCAGGCGAGCAAAGUGACUGUCAAGGACGGCGAGGGAACGGUGGAGGUGACGAGGGAGGUGGACGGGGGUGUUGAGACGCUGGAGUCGAAGCUGCCGAUGAUUAUCACGACGGACCUGCGGCUGAACACGCCCAAGUUUGCGACGCUGCCGAACCUGAUGAAGGCGAAGAAGAAGCCUAUUGAGAAGGCGACGCUUGCGGACUUUGGACUGGACGAGUCUCGACGGCUGAACACUGUCAAAGUUACGGAACCACCGACGAGACAGGGUGGCAGCAAAGUCGAGGACGUCGACGGCCUCAUCUCCAAGCUGAAGGACCUUGGAGCCUUGUAA